AUGAGCAGACAAACUCCAAAUCUCGAGUCUUCACAUGAUUCUUCCUCCAAUGCUGACUCGAGUCAAGCGUCUGGAUCCGAGAGCUUCAAACCCAGCAGCAGCAAUGGCUCCCAAGACGUAAGGCUCAACAACAGUGUCAGCUUAAGUUUCUGUAGCAGCAACAGUGUUAGCAGCGAAGCUAAUCUCGAUACGAAUGAAGCCGCUUUCAAAAGGGUCUUCUCUCCCUCGAAGCCGCAUAAAGGGAACGAUCUCCGAUGGGACGCGAUUCAGAGCGUGAAAUGCAGCAAGAACGAGGAUCUGGGUUUAGGGCAUUUCAGGCUGUUGAAGAAGCUGGGGUGCGGAGAUAUCGGGAGCGUGUACUUAGCCGAGCUAAGAGAGAUGGGAUGUUUCUUCGCCAUGAAAGUGAUGGAUAAAGGAAUGUUGGUGGGGAGGAAGAAACUGGUUAGGGCCCAGACCGAAAGAGAGAUUCUCGGUUUGCUGGAUCAUCCUUUCCUGCCGACGCUUUACUCCCAUUUCGAGACUGACAAGUUUUCUUGUCUUCUCAUGGAGUUUUGCAGCGGCGGAGAUCUUCAUAUCCUCCGGCAAAAACAGCUCGGAAAACAUUUCUCCGAGCAAGCCGCCAGGUUUUAUGCUUCUGAAGUACUUCUUGCGCUCGAGUAUCUUCACAUGAUGGGUGUAGUGUACAGAGAUUUGAAGCCAGAGAAUGUAAUGGUGAGAGAGGAUGGUCACAUUAUGCUUUCGGAUUUCGAUCUCUCCUUGCAGAGUUUCGCGAGUCCUACACUGAUUCAAUCAACUUCGCAGCCUUCUUGUGACAUUGCUUCGUACUGUGUCCAACCUUCUUGCAUAGUAGAUCCGUCCUGCAGAUUACCAAUAGCAUGUAUCCAACCAUCGUGCUUCAAGCCUCGUUUCCUCAACGGUAAACCAAGAAAGGCCAACAAAACCGAGAAAGGCGGUUCAGAUUCACUCCCGAUGCUUAUAGCCGAGCCAACGGAUGCUCGGUCUAUGUCAUUCGUGGGGACUCACGAGUACUUAGCACCUGAGAUCAUUAGAGGAGAUGGUCAUGGAAGCUCUGUUGAUUGGUGGACGUUUGGUAUUUUCCUCUACGAGUUGUUAACCGGGAAAACGCCGUUUAAAGGUAACGGUAACCGCGAAACGCUGUUCAACGUUGUUGGACAGCCGCUAAAGUUUCCAGAAGGGUCUAUAAGCUUUGCAGCUAAAGAUUUGAUAAGAGGUUUGCUUGCUAAAGAUCCUAAGAAGAGGCUAGGUUUCAAGAAAGGUGCUACAGAGAUUAAGCAACAUCCUUUCUUUAACAAUGUGAAUUGGGCUCUUAUCAGAAGCACAAACCCGCCAGAGAUACCGAAACCUAUCGAUCUUUCGAUACUAAAUGAGACCCUCAAGUCAUCAGUUCAACAACAACAAGAAAAGCAUUCACAACAAUCAGAUUCUUCAUCAGGUCUUUAUUUAGAGUUUGAGUUCUUCUGAUGAAAAAUGUAUGGAUGGGUACAUGUAUUCAUCUUCUCCAUGAAUUUUUCUUUCUUUUUGCUUUUAGCUUUUGUUUCGGUUUUUUAGCCUCUGUAUUAAGCAACAGUUUUGCGUUUGCGGUUAGAUUAUGGUUUGAUUAGUUGAAUUGAUCAUUAUCGAUUUAUAUGUU